AUGUCAGUUGAACAUGCUGGUCAGUCAACCAUGAUUCUGUAUAACCGUGCCAUGGUUCAAUUAGGCUUAUGCGCUUUCCGUCAGUCCCAUAUUCGUGAUGCACAUAAUGCUUUAGCCGAUAUGAUAGGAUCUAAUCGUAUUCGGGAACUACUUGCUCAAGGUCUUCAUACUCAGUCUAGAUAUGAGAAAACUACUGAGGAAGAGAAGCGUGAACAAGCCUUGCAGAUGCCAUAUCAUAUGUAUAUAAAUAUUGAUCUAAUAGAAUGUGUCUAUCUGGUAUCCGCAAUGCUUUUGGAAAUUCCAAAUUUAGCAGCUCAUGAAACGGAUUUACGUUGGCGUCCUAUCAGCAAACCGUUUCAUCUUGCCUUACGUGUUCAUGAUCGUGCUGCAUUAGUUGGACCACCUGAAACACCAAGAGACCAUGUUCUAGCUGCUGCUAAAGCUAUGCGUUAUGGAAAUUGGAAAGCUUGUACUAAUUUUAUCAUUAAUCCCAAAAUGGACGCUAAAAUUUGGGAUUUAUUAUUUGAAUCGAAUAAAGUAAAACAGAAUUUAGAAAUCAAAAUUAAAGGAGAAUAA